CAUCCACAGCUACAUCAGGAUGCUCAGAGCCUGGUCCAGCUUCAUCUGGAUGUCUCCAGGUGCAGAAUUGUCUCCAAAAGUGACUCAUCAACCACCUCUCUGGACAAGCUGUUCCAGGCCUCACCACACUUACUGUAAAAAAAUGUCUUCCUUCAAUCUAAAUCUCCCCUCUUUUAGCUUGAAAUCAUUACCCCAUAUCCUACCACCACAGACCCUGAUAGUCUGUCCCCUUUCUCCUCAUAGCCCGCCUUUAGAUACUGAAAGUUUGCCAAGAGACCAAGCUAUCUAAUGGACUUCUCCUCAGCCAUGUGCGCAUUAUGUUCAAACCUUUUAUAUCAAAACAAAAUCAGAAGCUGUAAGUGAACUAUUUCCAUACUUUUUCAUAAACUUUGCAGGCUAAUCAUUGAGAAGCCAAGAAAGAGACCACAAUCUACUUUUAAGACUUACAAGUAUUACUCAGCAGUUCCUAUUCUUUUCACCUUUCCCCCAAUGCCCCUGCGGUUCUACUACCUGCAUCUCCCCAGCUGCCCUUCCCAGACAGAUCAAACACACUGUGGCCAGUAGAGAGGACCCUUACAUGUCACUGUUAUCAGCCACCCAUCUAUCAGCAGUGCACCACACAGCACUGGAGUAAGGCACUACUGCCUGCGGUGCUUACAGGCUGUUACCACAUUUUCACUCCACUCUGCUCCAUUCCUCUCCUCUCACAGGCCUGUGAUCUGUCAGUACGCGCUACAUACACCCCUCAGCCCGCCUGCAGGGCCACAGCCACAGCUCAGGUAGCUGUAAGCCCCAGGCUGCCCCACUCCACGGGCACCAAAUACAGGAUCCUGAGCAAGCGAAGGCCGGAGCCGGUGCUCUCCGAGCACAGUUCCUCUUUGCCCAGCCCGCUGAACUGCCCCCGGGGCCCAGCGGGACAGCUCGCAGCCAUGCACACGACUCCCAAAACAACCACCUCCCAGCAACAGCAGAAACUCAACUCUAACAGCGACUGGGCCUCUAGGCUCGGCACAGGCAACGCCCCGCCUUCCGCCCUCUUCCAUUGGCUCUUCAGCUUCACCCUUUGUCGCUUAAUUUGCUCUCUGGCCUGUCAGUCAAUCACCUCCGCGGCGCGAUUGCUACCCUGGUAGCCGUUCUAACGCGUCAUCUCUAUGCCCGAAGGUACUUCCUGUGCGACCGCUCUAGGCGCUUACCUGUGGCAUCUAUCGCCCGUGCCGCCGCCUCUCUAGGCUGUGGGAGUCGGCUCUGUGACCCAGGCGGGGCGGGCUCGCAGGACGGGGUCCGUGGAGGCAGCCGGGUGGCGGACCCGGCGGGGCCUCCGUCCGUGCGAAGCGCGAGGCAGAGCCGUGGAGGCCGAGCGAUCCGGGCCCCGCGGCGCAGGUCAGUCGGGGCGCGGGACGAGUUCCGUGAGUCCCACUGGUGUUCUUUCCCUGCUGCCUGCUGUCUGCGCAGGGAGGCUGUGAGUCUUCCAACUAGGCCGAAAUGUAAGAAAAUAUUUUUUUGAGAAGAAAUGGCAUCCAGCAUUGGAAAUGAAAAGAGUGUGAAUCCUGUGCUCAGAAUAAGUCAACUUGAUGCUCUUGAACUAAACAAAGCCUUAGAACAACUAGUGUGGUCCCAGUUUACCAGCUGUUUUCAUGGAUUUAAACCAGGGGUGUUGGCUCAUAUUGAACCAGAAGUUAAAGCAUUUCUGUGGGUUUUACUGUGGAGAUUCACCAUCUAUUCUAAGAAUGCAACUGUGGGACAGGCUAUUUUGAAUAUUCAGUACAAGAAUAACUUAUCUCAGACAGAGAAAUACCAACCUCUGAGCAAACACCAGAAGUUAGGGUAUCUUAUUUUCACUGUUGGUGGAAGAUGGCUGGAGGAAAGAUGUUACGAUUUCUUUAGCAAUCGCCAACUGCAAUCCGUCAGCAAAAUCAAGCAAUAUAUUAACUUUGGAGCCGGACUUCUUAAAAUUUGUGGACUUGUAAAUUUUCUGAUUUUUCUUCAGAAAGGAACAUUUGCAACACUUACGGAACGCAUUCUAGGAAUUAAGUCAGUUUUUUGCAAGCCACAAACUGUUCGCCAGGUAGGAUUUGAAUACAUGAACAGGGAGCUGUUGUGGCAUGGCUUUGCUGAAUUUCUGAUCUACUUGCUACCACUUAUUAAUGUACAGAAACUGAAACUCAAAAUUUGUUCUUGGUGUUUGCCUAUUGCCAAUCUUUCUAAUAGUGAAAAGACAUUAGCAGCUCACUACAAGGUGUGUUCUCUGUGUGGAGAAUGGCCUACCAUGCCACAUACCAUAGGCUGUUCACAUGUUUUUUGUUACUAUUGUAUUAAAAGUAACUAUUUAUUUGAUAUGUAUUUUACCUGUCCUAAGUGUGGCUCAGAGGUGCACAGUCUUCAGCCACUGAAAUAUAAAAUUGAAAUGACAGAAUUACAUGUCUAAUAAGGAGGUUGUUCUGUUCUUGUACUGUACAUGAAAUAUAUUAAAGAUGAAUGGAAAAAAAAACAGAAAUUACUGUAAACAGACAGCUUGAAAGACAGCUUUGGAAAUUCUUUAAGUCUUUUCUGGUGUUAUUUUUUUACUGAGUAACAGUGCCAACUUGCAUCUCUGAAGAAAGGAAAACAAAGGAUUCACAGGUUCUUAUACUUUCUCAGACUACUGGAUCCCAUUUUGGUACCCCUAUGUUGUCAGUACUCUGCUUAGAUCCAUGGUCUGGCAAUCUACCAUUUCCUAAGUUUAUGCUGUAUUCUUCCCUUAGGGAUAGAUGAGAAGAUACUCAAUCCACUUUGUGGAUUUUCUCAGCAUUGUUGUAAAAGUUUCUGCUAUUGCCAACUUAGCUGUAUGGAUUUUGUGCAGAGAUCAUCCUAGUCACACCUAAAGAACAGUUUUAAAUUUGAAUUCACAGUGUAAUGUACCACUGAAAAAGAGCAAGGUAUAAGAUGAAGUUGUUCGUCAAAUGAUUGUUAAUAGCUUUCAUUGCAUUCAGUCACGACAAGGAUAUUCUUUUUCUAACUUGUAAUUGCUUUCUUAUAAAUAGAUCAUUAGCUUCAAGUGAUCCAUUUGUCAACAGACAAAACAGUAACUUGUGCCCACAAGAGAUACAACCAUCUCCUGAUCAUAGUGCUCCUUCUACAUCUUCAUGAGGUAACAGAACCUGUUUUCUCACCUAUAUGUAUGCCUUUGAUCAUCAGUAAUGCACAUAUGACCACACCCUGCUUUUCUGUCAAGCUGAGGGAUCCAGUCCAUCACCUAUUGGAACGUGGAAGCUUCCUGUGGUAACCCACAUUAUUCUUAAUCACACACACUGUAGGGAAAAAAAAAAAACAAAACAGAAAAAAACUGUUUAAUUACAAGAUGCUGUCUUUGGGACUUGCAAUUCUUUCUUUGGUGUGGUCAGGCUAGGUGCCAAACCUCACUAACAGCUAUGUACCACAGAGAAAAUAGAUCAAGCCCAGAUGUGUGUGUGUAGACAUACUAAAAAGAUAGGUAACUGUUUCUGUUUUGGAGUUAGUACUAUUUGUUUUCUCUGUUGGCUUCAUGAUAUUUUUAUUCUCUUUUUAAGGUUUCAUCUAUUUACUCUCUUUUUGUUUGCUUUUUCAAAUUUGCAGUCCUUUCUUAACAGAAAUCUUUAUCCAGAAGUAUGUCAUUAACACAAAAACACAUUUUGUCCUGCUUUGGCUCUUAGAAUUUGUAACUGAAGCAAAAUAAUGAUAUUAAUAAAAAUGCUGGAAAACUUUU